AUGGCUAGUAGCGCUAUAGCUUAUAUUACUACAAUCAAAAACAAAAAAAACAUUAAUCAGGAACAUCAUCCACAGCAUCAUACAAGUGAAGCAACACACACAAAUAAUAUUGUUGUUGCUGAAUACUAA